AUGCGGCUCUUACGAGUCAACGACCUGAAUUUCGGCGAGGUGCCCUCUCAUGGCCCGUUUCCGGACUACGCAAUUCUAUCUCAUACCUGGAUCCACCCGAGCCGCGAUGAGGUCACAUAUCAAGAUAUCAUCUUGGAGGAGUCUAGCGCUUCGAAGAAAAAGUCUGGCGGCUCGAGGAAAAAGCCUGGCUGGCAGAAGAUACAAUACACGAUCAAUCAAGCACGGAAAGACAAUAUCGAUUACAUAUGGAUAGACACUUGUUGUAUCAACAAAAGAGACCCAACAGAAUUGACAGAAGCGAUCAACUGCAUGUAUGGCUGGUACAAGAGGUCCAAACGCUGUUAUGUAUAUCUUUCGGACGUAGAUUUUGCGGACAAAGACACCGACGAGCUUGAAGCACGACUUCGCCCUUCUCAGUGGUUUACACGCGGUUGGACGCUACAAGAACUUAUCGCCCCACGGGAAGUUGAGUUUUUUGACCAAAAUUGGGUUAAGAUCACAACUCGAGCGGACUCUUCAACAGUCAUAUCGGCUAUCACGAGAAUCGAUGCGAAGCUGUUAAUGUUAAUGAGGCGAGUUGGCUUGAACGAUCUCCAGGAGUACAGCAUAGCACACCGCAUGUCAUGGGCAGCCGAACCACGAACUACUCGAGGAGAGGACGUUGCAUACUCUCUGCUUGGCUUGUUCGGUGUUAUUAUGCCUCUCCACUAUGGCGAGCAUCGAGCGUUUAUGCGGCUGCAGGAAGAAAUUGUGAAGAUCUCCACGGAUCAAUCGCUGUUUGCGUGGAAUGGAAAGGAUGGCAAAUCUCGCCCCCGAAGUGUCUUCUUCACAAUUCUUAGGCUUCAAGUCUGGCAACAAGAAUGUCCUUUACUUCGUGGCGUCGACAUCUUACCGUUGGUUACUGUGUUUGACCCUGAGAAUAAUCCAAUGGAUUCCAAUGAUUUUCCACGGGACGUCCUCGCGGCUAAAAUGGGGGCUGCAGUGGUCUUGGUAUUGGCUCCUAGUCUUCAAUGA